AUGUAUGACUAUGUUGUCGGUUCUCUCUCUCCAGACAUUGCUACCAAAGUUCCAGACAUAAUCCUGAAAACUCAGCAUGUAGAUCAGUACGACACACUCAAAGCUGCUCUAAUCGAAAGAACAGCUGCUUCCGAACGGCAUCAUUUACAGCAACUGGUGACUGGUGAGGAACUGGGGGAUGGGAAGCCAUCACAGCUCCUACGUCAAAUGGAGCAGUUGUUAGGAGAUCAAGCAGCAGCCAACACUCAACCAUUUCUAAAAGAGCUGUUUCUUCAAUGCCUCCUGAGCAAUGUCCGUAUGGUAUUAGCUUUUACACCAGCUACUGCUACCAUUCAGGACCUUGCCGUCUUAACUGACAAAGUCAUGGAGGUUUUAGAACAACCAAACUCAUCUCCUCCAGUAAUAAACACUGUCAACAGUAAACUAGCUACUGAACUAGCUCAACUCAAGCAAGAGCUAACUCAACUAAAGUUAUCUCUCCGCCCUCAGAAGAAAAGUUUCUCUUGUAGUAGGUCACCUCCUCGACAACCACAGAAAAAUGCUAAUCCUCAGUGCUCCUUCUGCUGGUAUCAUCAGUAUUUCAGCAAAGACGCUAAGUAG